AUGGAUAAGUCAAACAGGGAGGUGAAGAUGUACCUCCGUGUCCGAGGUUUCAAAGUACUUGGGUUCAACAUCGUUCGAACCAACCCCAAAUCAGAUCGCUUCAACGUUGAGCGUUUCCACCACAUCGAGCUCUGGUGCUCCGACGCCACCAACACCGCUCGCCGUUUCUCGUGGGGUCUCGGGAUGCCCCUUGUCGCCAAAUCUGACCUUUCUACCGGAAACCUUGCUCACGCUUCCUAUCUCCUCCGUUCCGGUGACCUCUCCUUCGUCUUCACUGCUCCCUACUCUCCGUCCAUCGCCGCCGCGCAGCACCUUGAACCCAAAUCCACCGCUUCCAUCCCCACGUUCGACCGCGAAUCCUGCGUCGCUUUCGUUGCCUCCCAUGGCCUAGCGGUUCGGGCCGUUGCCGUUGAAGUCGAUAAUGCAGAUAUUGGAUUUCACACAAGCGUCGCCCAUGGCGCCAAGCCAUUGGCUUCUCCUGCUCUUCUCGACAACGGGGUGACGUUGGCCGAAGUUCUGCUCUACGGCGACGUCGUCUUGCGAUAUGUCAGCUACAAAGAUCCGUCCAAAGCGUCCGACCCGAACCCCAACCAUUGGUUCCUGCCCAACUUUGAGCUGGUGGAGGAACUAUCAUCCAAACCUUCAUUGGAUUACGGGAUUCGGGGGCUCGACCAUGCCGUUGGUAACGUGCCAGAGCUGGUUUCGGCGGUGAAUUACGUGCAUGGAUUUACUGGGUUUCACGAGUUCUCGGAGUUCACGGCGGAGGACGUGGGCACCUGCGAGAGUGGGAUGAAACAGAUCGUGUUAGCCAACAACGACGAAACUGUUCUGCUGCCACUGUGCGAACCAGUGUAUGGGACGAAGCGGAAGAGUCAGAUACAGACAUUUCUGGAGCACAAUGAAGGAGCUGGGUUACAACAUCUAGCUCUGGUUAGUGAAGACAUAUUCAGAACUCUGAGGGAAAUGAGGCAGCGAAGUUCAAUAGGUGGCUUCGAGUUCAUGCCUCCACCACCUCCAACUUAUUACAACAAUCUCAAGAACCGAGCCGGUGAUGUAUUGACGGAUGAACAAAUUGAGCAGUGUGAGGAGCUGGGGAUUCUGGUGGACAGAGAUCAUGAAGGAACUUUACUUCAAAUUUUUACCAAGCCCGUUGGAGACAGGCCAACCAUGUUUGUGGAGAUAAUUCAGAGAGUGGGGUGCAUGAAGAAGGAUGAGGAAGGGAAGGUGCAUCAAAAGGGAGGAUGUGGAGGUUUUGGGAAGGGUAACAUCUCAGAGCUUUUCAAAUCAGUGCAAGAGUACGAGAAGACGCUUGACCUUCAAAGACUUGCAGUUGCAGAACCGACCAUUAGCGCUUAA